UUAGAAGAAAAUUAAAAGGGCGAGGCGCGAUCAUCGGAAACCAUGCGAAGUUCCCGAACUCCCCCAUUCCCUUCGAUCCUUACUAUAAACCAACGAUUUUCAUUUAAUUAUUUUUCUCUCUAAAUCGAAACCUCUUUUUCUCUAACUAUUCGUUCUCACUCCUCUCCUCUUCUCCGUCCUCUUCAACACCUCCAUGGAUCCAUCCAUCAUGAAGCUACUCGAAGACGACGAGGACGAGAGCAUGCAUUCGGGGGCGGAUGUGGAGGCUUUCACCGCCGCGCUCAAUCGCGACAUCGGCGGGGACGCCUCCGCCGUGCCGCAGCCGCCCGAUGCGGAGGCCGGCACUUUGUUCCAAGCGAACAGCUCUGCAUCACAACAAGUUCUGGGACAGUGGCAAAAUUCUGGGGAGAAGGAAAAUCAUAGUCAGCAAAUCCAACCAAAUGAAGAACAACAACAUCUCCAUUCACUAGAGAAGCACUCGUCUCGAAUAGAUCAUUUUCCAGAAGAUGCCAAAGACCAAAGCCAACUUAUUAGUGACCAAUCAGAAAAGAGUUCUUCUCAAUUUAUUAAGAAAGAACAGCCCAAUUUUCCUGAACAGAAAACCGUCGUCCCAAAACAGGAGUUUACCCAUCCUUCGGAGAACCCACAGCAGCUUAUGCAGCGGCUUAACAAUCAACAAGCACCAGCUGUUAACCAAGCAAACAAUGCUGUGAGGAAUAAGGUUAUGCCUUCCAUAUCAUUUCACUUGUUAAUUCCAGUCUUGCGCCCUCAACUUGACAAAGAUAGACAGAUGCAGCUUAUGGCCGCUUUUAUGAGACUAAGGAAUAACGAAGUCACUAAAGCAGACUUUUUAAGAGUAACAAGGAAUAUCGUUGGUGACCAAAUGCUCAGACAGGCAGUUAACAAAGUUCAAAUGCAGAUGGAGGCUCAGGCAGCACGUAGUUCCCAGACAAAUCGACAAAUUCAAAUGCAAACAGAUACAUCUAAUUUACCAACUAGUCAAAAGGAGAAUAAGGCACAAAGUUUGCCCACCAAUAUCAAUGUUGGUAAUGCACCAAGAGAGAUGUCAACAAUCCCAAUGCAAACAGUUAAUAAGCAGCCGCAGCAGCUGCAGCUGCAGCAGCAGCAGCAGCAGCAGCACACACAGCUUCCGCAUACAUCUUUCCCAAUGUAUGGAAGGGGUAAUUUUCACGCCCAUAACUAUCCGAGGCCAGUCGGUGCUUCAAUAAAUCCACCUCAUACACAAAUUGGAGGAGUUCAGCCGAGGAAUGCUAUGAAUAUGCCCAAGUACGAUGCUGCUAACGAAAACAAGAGAGUACAUACCCAAAUUACUCAUCCGGGAUUGCAGCAUAAUAAUCCAGCCAUGUGGCAAUUGUCAUCAAACAAGGACCAGAAAGCUAGUCCUUUUCCACUUGAGGCUAAGAAAGAAGUUGAUCAGCCUAGUGAAUCAGCAAAUGACUUGCAAUUGGUGGGUCCGGAGAUGGGCACCAGUCAGAUUUCAGGUCCACUAGCCACUCAGGUGGAGCAGAAUAUGCAGAAUCAGAUGCACCCUCAAACAUCAUCUGCAAUGCCAACAUCACUUGCCGGAGUUAACUCAAAGACUCCCCAAAAGAAAACAUCAAUUGGUCAGAAAAAACCCUUAGAAGCACUGGGCACUUCCCCACCUCCAUCAAGUAGCAAAAAACAGAAGACAUCUGGGGCUUUUCUUGAUCAAAGUAUCGAGCAACUAAAUGAUGUCACAGCCGUUAGUGGUGUUAAUCUGAAGGAAGAAGAAGAACAGCUGCUAUCGGCCCCAAAGGAAGAUAACCGUGCAUCAGAAGCGACUCGAAGAGUCGUGCAAGAAGAAGAAGAAAGGUUAAUUUUGCAGAAAGGCCCUCUUCAGAAGAAACUAGCAGAAAUCAUGUCAAAAUGUAACUUGAAGAGUGUUGGCAGUGAUGUGGAGCGCUGUCUAUCGAUGUGUGUGGAGGAGCGGUUACGGGGAUUGAUUACUCAGCUAAUAAGAGUGUCAAAACAGAGGGUUGAUAUUGAAAAAACUGGUCAUCGGUUUGUCGUCACUUCAGACGUUCGUCGUCAAAUUUCGCUGAUUAACCGGAAAGCUAAGGAAGAGUGGGAUAAGAAGCAAUCAGAAGAAGCUGAAAAGAUCAGGAAACAGAAUGAGACGGAGAGCAAUUCAGGUGCAAAUCCAGAGAAAGACAAGGAUGAAAACCGCUCUAAGAAUGUUAAGGUUAAUAAGGAAGAGGAUGAUAAAAUGAGAACAACGGCUGCGAAUGUUGCGGCCCGAGCUGCUGUGGGUGGGGAUGAUAUGCUGUCCAAGUGGCAGCUUAUGGCGGAACAAGCUAGACAGAAGCGCGAAGGGCUCGAUAGCGCUUCUGCUUCCAAAACAGGACUUCGAAAGCCGUCGUCAAAUUUAGGAAGAAGUUCAAGAGAAAGCGAGGAAGCAGAAAAGAAAAACCUCUCUGCAGUUCCUGGAUCUGGUGGCGUAAGAAGGAUGGGAAGGAGCUCAUUUCAAUCACCUCAAUUAAAAGUGCCGCGCAGCAUUUCAAUCAAGGACAUGAUCUCAGUCCUCGAGAGGGAGCCCCAGAUGUCGAAGUCACCUUUGAUCUACCGGUUGUACGAGAGAAUGCCUGGAGAUUCCUCUGCAGAAUAGUUUGAAGAAACUUGAUUAUUUGUGCAGCCAACAAAUGCUCAAGGGCCGCAAGAAUCAGGAUAGUUUGAAGAAACUUGAUUAUUUGUGCAGCCAACGAAAGCUCAAGGGUCGCAAAAAACUCAACCUUCAAAUGCAUUACGAUAAUGGUAUUAUCAUGUUCAAGAGCAUAAAUCCAAGGUGUUAUUAUGUGGUCCAUUGGGAUAAAAUAAAAAAAAAAAAAGAAAAGAAAAGAAAAAAAGAGGAGUUUUUGAUAGAGGACAUUUAUUUUGUAGAUCUUGCAUAUUCAUGCAUAAUGUGUUGGGUGAUGUUUUAGAUGAUGUUGGCGAGCAUAUAGUAUUUCUAAGUGCUAUUGUAUUUCUUGCAUGACUAUGGAUUUUUUGUUUUUCUGUGUAAAGUUAUCCUUUUCCUUGAAUGAAUUAAUUAGGGAUUCUAUCA